AUGGCAUUCUCUUCUCUCCUCAGAGCAGCCUUGAUCUUGACCAGCCUUCCUCUCCUCAAUGCCCAUGCAAUCGAUCUCAGAUCCUGCCAGGGACCGCAACUUGCUCUAAUCGAGACAGCCAUAGAGGCGGCGUUUGAUAUGGCUGCAGCUGCUCAAGCUGCCCUCCAUGCGGACAAGCCAGAACUGCGAGACCCCAACGUUCAGCGACUGAUCAACCUGCUUUUCGGCAACACCGCGGACCUGACCACGGUCGACAAAUCAUUUACGGGACUCGAGGCUCGUAGAACGAGGCUGGACUUGCAGAACGACAAGGAUGACCUUGAGGAGCAGGCGGAGAUGAUGUUUUACUGCAACAUGGAUCGAUUCGAAUUCCGUGGAGAUCUAGUAGGCCCAACGGCGCGAUGGAUCGGUACCGACACGAACAAAUACUUCGACGAUGACGAGAGCAGAUCAGUCACCGAGUGCAAGUCGGGCAAGGACAUCACCUUGGCCUACACCAUCAAUUUCGAGAAGCGGAUCGAUAUGAAAGGCGGACGAAUCGUCGGACAAACGGACACUCCCGCUCAGAUAACCCUUUGUCCUUGGUUCAUCGAAUGGGCAACGAACGCUCCGUACAGUACGUUCUCGACGGCCGUAAAGGCAAAGCUUGCAAGGGCGCUCAUUCCGUUGAGUGCACAGAACCCCUUCAACUACCCUUUGGCGCCGGUCGAUGCAUACGGCCUUCUUGAGAAAGUCAUCCUGCAUGAGCUCACUCAUACACUCGCGGGUGGUAAAUCUGACGACGUGAGUCUGUCGAUGAUCCAAGGAGGGCUUCCAUUCGCAGGAGUAGCCUAUGGCUGGCGUGCUGCUACGAAUUUGGUCGAGCAACAAGCAACAGGCGACCGAUCUCCGACCAAGAACGCGGACUCGCUCGCUCUAUUUGCAAGCGGAGUGCGGCUGUUGAAUCUCACUCCGCCGAAGUACGUGGAGAGGGACGGCGGCUUGUCCGGCACAGUACCCUUGGUGAAGAAGAGGAGCUUGCCUCACGAGCUGGCGUAUCAAAGCACGCCUGUCGUUUUCGAAGGCUUCAUCACCAAGAUCAAGGAGGCCCGUUCGGCUGCCACCAGUGUUGUGAUCGAAGAUGACAUGAGCCAGGUGGUCCCCGGAAUUGUGUCCCAUUAA